AUGGCUCAGAUAAUUGGGACCUCACUGGAGGAUCUGCGGCGGGCCGCUGAUGCCUUAUUGCAAGGCAAGCUGGUCGCCAUACCGACCGAGACUGUCUAUGGUUUAGGUGGCAACGCGUUGAUUGAGAGUGCCGCCAAGAGGAUUUACACCGUGAAGGGGCGGCCACCUACCGACCCACUCAUCUGUCACGUGUGCAACUUGGACGGCGUGCGUAGGUUAUGGGAUCUGAAGUGGGAUGAAGGGGCGGUGGAGCUGGCCUGCGCAAUCGGGGCGGCUCUGUGGCCGGGACCGUUGACCAUCGUGUUCAAAGCAAACCCGUCCCUCCCGGAUUGCGUUACAGGCGGUUCUGGCUAUGUGGGGGCUCGCAUCCCCAACAAUGCGAUAACGCUGAAAUUACUAGAGAUGGUGGAUGUUCCUGUAGCUGCUCCAAGUGCGAACACCUUCGGGCAUGUGAGUCCGACGACCUCACAGCAUGUUUACGACGACUUAGCUGCUCGAGACCCAGAGCUGCUCAUCAUUGACGGCGGACAAAGCUCGGUUGGCAUCGAGUCAACUGUAGCCAAAGUCGAAUCGAAAGACUUGGUGGUGGUGCUGCGCAGGGGGUGCAUUACAGUGAGCAUGAUUCACCGCGCUAUUGCAGAGAGGUACCCGCAGACGCGUGUUGAAGUUCGAGACAUGCGAAUCAUGUGUGGCUCAAUGACGGCGCCGAUGGAAAGUCCAGGCCAGCUUCUCACCCACUACUCUCCACGCGUGCCGUCGUCCCUCCUUACACCUGGUAGUCUGGCCAUGCUGACAGCGUCUGCGGGUGUGCCGGUCUACGUGCACCGCGGAAAAGAUGUUGUACCUCUUAGCGAGACAAUCGUUCUUGAUUUUAACGGGUACCUAUCCCGGUUCAGAGACAGCUGCCUCUCCUACCACGACAUGAGCCCUGACGGCAAUCCUGAAGAGGGGUGCUUUGCCGUCUUCGAUGCGUUGCGUGCGACCGAGACGGUGAAGGGGGCGAAGAGUCUUGUGUUUCCUUUCAUCUCUGAGUGGCCACACGACAAGGAAAACGAAGAUUUGCUGGCCGCGAUGGAGGACCGACUCUUUCGCGCAGCAUCAGGCGUGACGGCCGUACUGAUCAAUGAGGUCGCACCUGCUUCAGGGUGA